GACGCUCAAAAGCAGCCCGUCAAACUCGCUAGAGUGAUCAAGGUUCUCGGCCGUACUGGCUCCCGUGGUGGUGUCACUCAAGUCCGCGUUGAAUUCAUGGACGAUUCCAACCGUAGCAUCAUCCGUAACGUCAAGGGUCCCGUCCGCGAAAACGACAUCCUCUGUCUCUUGGAAUCCGAACGUGAAGCUCGU